AUGAUACCUAGACAAAUUCUCGAAAUAUUUACGGUUCAAUUAAAGACUGAACCAAAAUCGUUAAUUAUAAUACGAACCAUUAUUGCGAUUUUGUUAUUUAGUUUAUUAAUUUGUUAUGCAUCUAUUCAAAUUAAUAAUGUUAAAUCAGACAAUCCCGUAAUUGCAUCUACACCAGCUCAUUAUGAAGAAAAAUCAAUUCCGUUGCCAACUUUACAUUUUACAUUUGAAUAUCGGUUCACAUUGACAUGUCAAAUAGUUGGUUCUAUAACCAAAUUUUCAACAAAAGAAUGCGCGACACAUUUACGACAACCGGAGUCAACAGUAAAUUCCAACGGUGUUUACGAAGCGUUAUUUAAUGCAAAUGGGUUAAAUUUUACAAAAAAGGAUAUUGAAAAGUUUGAAGUUACAAUUAUAAUGGAUAAUCCAGAAGAGAUACCCGCGUCUAGUUUAGGUGUUGAAAUGCGAGCUUUUGAUUCUCAAGUACAAGAUCCGCUGUUAAUUAAAGAUUACGAAGAGACCAAUACUAACGUUAUUGAUCAACUUCUAUCUUUAAUUGACAUGAAUUUAUAUUUUCUGGCUUCUCAACAGUAUUAUGAGUUGGAAUUAUCAAGAAUUCGUAAGAACGUAAUGGUGAAAAAAUGGUGGAACAUUUUAGGAAUUCCAUCAAGAUAUGUAGAUGAGACGUAUUUAAACUCCAUAUUAGAAAGUCGACCAUACUCUCCAUUUGAUGAGUCUUUAGGUCUUUCUUAUGCUACAUUAGCGGUUGUUAUGAGAACUUGGAGAGUUCCAUUUGAACAAGAACAAAUAACGGUAAAUAAUAUUGAAAAUCGUGUUGGACCAGGUGCAAUUCGUUCGUGGGGAGUUAUUCAAAGGAUGAAAUGUUUUGGUAUCAAAAAGGGCGUCAAGAAACAUAUGAAUCGUCGUUAUCCAAGACUACCGUUUAUUAAAUCAGAAACCGAUAAACCAGAAGACAAUAAUAACAAAGUUGAUGAAGAAAUAGGUGUAUCAAAUUCAAUAACACCGAUGAAUCAUGAAGAAGUUCAAAUUGAAAUCUUGGAAAGAAUUGACGCUAUAGAAAGAUUUCUUAGAGAAUUUGUGGUGGAUGCAGAGUAUCUACAAAUGUUGGAGAAUCAUCGGCGUUAG